AUGACUGAGAAUCUUCAUAGACUUCCUCAUUUAUUAUUACAACUUAAACACCUGAAGCCCGCAGCCGCCGCCAAGAAAGUUACAGCGGCCAAGAAACCGGCAGCUAAGAAGCCAGCGGCCAAGAAACCGGCAGCGGCAGCGGCAGCCAAGAAGUCCCCGAAGAAGAAGGCACCGGCGAAGAAAGCCGUGAAAAAGCCGCUAGCGAAGAAGAGUCCCAAGAAGACCCCCGUUAAAAAGCUCAAGGCGGCCAAGAAGCCCGCUGCCAAGAAAGCUCCGCUAAAGAAAACUGCAGCCAAGAAGACCAAGAAGUGA